CUGUCUCCUCCUGGUGGGAAGAGCUCCCUUCUCCCGGAGGUUUUUAUAACUGAGUUGCAGACAUCUUAUCUCUCUCAAGUUAGCAGGAGAAGAACUUGCCGAUCUUUCGCUCCUUCCCGAAGCAGGAAAGAAAACAUUUAGAAACAUGGCUGGGAAACCUAAGCUUCAUUACUUUAAAACAAGAGGCCGAAUGGAAACAAUCAGGUGGUUGUUGGCUGCAGCAGGAGUAGAGUUUGAAGAGCAAUAUAUUCAGUCAAAGGCAGAUCUAGAAAAGUUAAAGAAAGAUGGAUUCCUGCUCUUCCAGCAAGUGCCCAUGGUGGAAAUAGAUGGGAUGAAGCUGGUGCAGACCCGAGCCAUUCUCAACUACAUUGCAGAAAAAUACAACCUCGGUGGGAAGGACAUCAAGCAGAGAGCACUAAUCGAUAUGUAUUGUGAAGGUACUAUGGACCUGAAUGAAAUGAUCAUUCACCUGCCUUUCAAACCAGCUGAUCAGAAGGAGAAGGAAACUGCAGCAAUCAUUGAAAAAGCUACUGAAAGAUAUUUCCCAGUCUAUGAAAAGGUCCUUAAAGAUCAUGGACAAGAUUUUCUGGUUGGGAAUCAGCUCAGCAGAGCAGAUAUCCAGUUGCUUGAAGCCAUUUUAGCUACAGAAGAGCUGAAGGCUGAUGUCCUCUCCAAGUUUCCUCUUUUAAAGGCUUUAAAAACAAGAAUAAGCAACAUCCCUAACAUUAAGACAUUUUUACAGCCUGGUAGUCCAAGAAAAUCACCCCCCGAUGAGAAAAUGAUUGCAGAAGCAAUGAAAGCUUUCCAAUGAGUUUGUUUUUCCACUGAAGAUUGUGGCUGAUCACUAUUGUAUAUUCAAGUAAAACUCAAAAAAUGAGAUGGAGCAGUGAAUUCAAAUCAUUCCAAAGGUUUGCAGGUAUACACGGGCAUAAGGUCUGGGUAAAUCCACUCAAUUACACUUAGAAGCUAUAUUAAUAAGAGAACCACAAGACUGACUUUGUACCAUUAGACUAACAUGAAAUAAAAUAUUCUACAGUA